CUUUUUAUUGUUUUUUUGCGUUUUUUUUUUUCCAGCAGUUCCCUUUGUUUUUGACUCUUGCUUGAAAGUUUUACGUGUACUUUUUGAUUCACUCGUGAGAUUUUUUUCCUUCUCUUCAGCGAUGAGCACAUCAUCCGCAUUCUCGGUCGGAACAGACCUCCCUUCGCUCGCUGCUGCGCCCAGUCGUCGUGGCAGGACUGCUUCGACGUCGUCCGCGAUCGUCGCCAGCAGCAGCAGCAGCAGCAGCAGCAGCCCAAAGCGACCCGCGCGUGCAUCCAAGACGGCUGCCGCUGCCGCCGUCGCCGCUGUCGUUUCGGGCGGGCUGCCGCGCAUCGUUGUCAGCACCGAGGACGCCUCGAUGAUGCUGCCAGCAACACCCGCCAACAGCGACUCUGUCUUUAUGGGCGCCGCAAACAGCGCCAUGGUCGAGUCCACCUCGGCCUUUUUGAAUGCGCUGCCUGGAACAAACAAUGCGCCACAGAUCGCCAUGAAGCCUCGCAAGCGCGCUGGUCGCAAGCCCUCGGCCUCCACCAUCCCCGAAGGCGACGAGCAGCAGCCAGAGACGCUCGCACCCUUCACGCUGCCGCUCCACAUGCAGCUCCAAAACUCGUCGCUGCUCUCCAUGUUCCCCUUUGCACAGCAGCAGCAGCAGCAGCAGCAACCACCACUGCUCUUUGAUGCACAGUUCCAACAACCACAGCAACAAUCAGCACAACCACUGCUGUCACAACAGUACUCGCUGCUGGCUCCGCACUAUCAGAUGAUGCUGAUGAGCAGCGCUGCCAUCACUGGCAACAAUAGUCUGCUGACACAUAAUCCCGCCCUUUACGCGCCGUUUGGCGGAUCCAGCAGUCUCCCUUUCGCUCAGAGCUCCACGUCCAUUCCCAUGGAUGACACCACGGCCGGAAUGGGCGGCAUGGCGCCAUCCUGCUCGAGCUCGGCUGCCGCUUCGCCCGCCGCGUCGGAUGCAUCUGUUGCUGCCCCCAUCGCCCCCACUAGCAGCAGUAGCAGCAUCACCACCACCACCACCAGCGCGGCCGCCGCUCCAGCAACUCGAUCCAACAACGCCCAUCUUCUUGGCGCACAGUAUGCACCGGACGGUCGACGCUACAACUACUUUUUGUCGCGCGGCCGCAAGCGUGUCGCGCUGGAGGACGGUGUUGAUUACCGCAACUGCGAAAUCAAGCCGCCAAUGUCGUACGCUGCGUUGAUUGAGGAGGCGCUCAACUCGACGCCGACGCGCUCGCUCACCCUUUCGAUGGUGUACGACUACAUCAAGGAUGCCUACCUCUAUUACCGCAACAACUCUGGCAGCUGGCAAAAUUCCAUCCGCCACAACUUGUCCUUGCACCGGCGGUUUGAGCGCGUGUCGCGCGACAAGCCAGGCAAGGGCGACUUUUGGACGGUGAACGACAACUGCGGGGCCACCCACCACAAGCGUCGCAGGCGCAACAAGAAGUCGAUUGCAGCGGCUCUGGCUGCCGCCGCAGCUGCCGCAACUGCCGCCGCUGUCGCUGCCGCGGCGGCCGAGGGUAGCAACGAUCCCGCGCUGCACGCGGCUGCCGAAGCGGCUGCUCUGCUCGCCAGCCAGACUGCCCAGGCUGCCGCGCUUGUCACUGGCGACACCCAGCGCAAGCGCUCUCGCCAAAUGAGCACCGACGACACGCCUCAGCAGCACAGCCAUGCCGAUGACUCUGACGAGUCGGACGAGGACGAAGACGAGGAGGCUGACGAGGACGAGGAUGACGAGCCCGCCAUGGACGCCCUCUCCACCACUGCCGCCACCGUCGGUGACGACACGCUCAGCGUGGCCGAUACCUUUACGACCGAAACCGCCUCUGUUGCUGGCAUGGACCAAGCGCAGACGAGCAAGCGCAGGCGCUCGUCCAUCAAGGUCAAGAUGCCGUCCCAGCAGCAGCAGCAGCUUUGGUCUGAGCAGUUCCUCGCGCUGCCCGUGUCGCACAUGCCUUCCUCUGCAUCGGCACUGGACAUGACUGGCGCACCCUUCGCGUCGAACGGUGUCAUGUACCCUUCUCCUGCUGCUGCGUUUGCAAGUGGCGCCGCUGCAGCACCCAUGCCUGCUCCAGCCUCGUCCUCCUCCACGCUGCUGCCUGCCGGCUCGACCUCGCCCAGCGGCUACCACCACCGCCGCACUGGCUCGGACUCGAGCGCCAUCACCAGCAUUUCGUCCGUGUCGUCGAUGGGCCAAACUGCCGAAGAGCAGUACUAUGCGCAGCAGCAACAGCUCGCGUUGACGCGCAUGAACGUUGCCAUGAGCGUGCAGCCCCAGCCGUGGGCCAUGCAAGAUGCCUCUGCCUCCGAUGCUGGCAAGCCGUUCGAGCAAAGCCAGGCUGCGCCGCAACAACAACAACAAGGCCGAACUGCUCAGCAGCAGCCUCGCCACCAGCAGCUGUUUGCGCGCACUGGAGCAGCCCCCAUCAUGCCCAUGUCCAUGUCGCCGUUCGGCAGCCAGCCGCUCUCUGCCCUCUCUGCCAGCGGCCUGUUCCUGCCCUUGUCUGCCACGGCACCCUUGUCCUCGACCUCGCUUGGCGACUGGGACGCGCUCACCGCCGAAAAGCUGCUCGACUCGAUCAGCAACUCUGUCAGCCAGCCCGUCAACGGCGAUCUCUGGUUUAGCAACACCUCGGCCGAGGACUUGAUGGCUGGUCCAGGUCUCGACAUGGACUUGUUUGCGCUUCAAUAA